AUGCUCAAGCCACUUGAAAAUAUUGACGGUAGAGACGAUUCACUCAAUACGCAUGAAGGAAACGGCGAUUCUAUAAGCGGAAAUAAUCAACAUAGCUUCAGUUGUGACAGCAACGUCAAUCGGGAGACGAAACAAAAUUUUGUCAAUGGAUCAAACAACAACAACAACGAUGAAGAUGUAGCAUCAACAUUAUCCGUGACCGGUGCAAUCAAUACUCUUCUUCGUCGGUCACCUCAACCUUCUUUAAAACGGAAGGCUGGCGAGAUCUCUCCAGUCAACGUUGCCUCAAGUCAGGAGUCCUCAACGAGCUCAGAACCUUUCAUCAAUAUUGAAAUGAACUGUGAUUCUCCGGGGAGGAAUUGCAGUCCGGUUUACAGACGAACCAGUUCUCCUGUCGUUAAAGAUGUUGAACACAGAUCCACACCCAGCUGUCUAUCCGACAUGCAUCUUGAAAAUAACAUCGCAACAGACCACAAUAAAACAUCAAAUUCUCUUGACCACAAUAUACCCUCAGACUCCAGGAGUUUUGAGUCCAGGAAAUCUCAAAUUGAGACUCCAUCGGAAACAUCUUUGUUUGGCAACAGUUUAUCAUCUUCCAAGAUGACUCCAAAGGUCACAGUAUCAUCGGCAAGUUCAAAGGUCACAAGUUCACCAAGCAUGUGCAAUGAUAAGUUGUCAGUUGCGAAAUCCGAUAUUGAAAGGUCCUCAUCUUUAAAAGGCUUAGAGAGGGCUUCUGACUCAGGAAGUCGGAGCAGUGCCGAAUUUACACGUGCUCAUUCGCGUGAAAGGUCAUUUGAGAAGUCAUUAGACAACAUAAUGGACAAGUGUUCAGAAAAAUCAUUGGAUCUGAAUCUGAGUGUGGAAUGUAAAAACGGAACUCUCAGUGAUAAAACUUCUGUGGAUGAAUCUAAUGUCAGUAAAAAAAGUGACAAGAAAAAGAAAACCGCACCGUGGUACACGGUGGAACAAAUUUUCACCCCCAUCUUAAAUUCACCCUCCCAGUUCUUGGACAAAAAGGAUGGAAAUUUAACGGGGGUGAAAAUUUCCUGGUAUACAGAAAUUUACUACUCAUGUGCACUUCAGAAAGACAUCCUGGUUCACGGCCGAAUGUUUCUCACACAGAAUUGGGUUUGCUUCUACGCCAACAUUUUCCGUUGGGAGACUGUGCUGACCAUCCCAUGUAAAGAAAUAACAGCAGUGACAAAGGAAAAGACAGCAAGAGUAAUUCCUAAUGCUAUACAGAUAGCUACAGACAAGGAGAAACAUUUCUUCACCUCAUUUGGUGCUCGGGAUAAAACCUACAUGAUGCUGUUUCGUGUAUGGCAGAAUGCACUUCUAGAGCAGCCUAUGUCCCCCAAGGAACUCUGGCAGUGGGUUCAUUAUAGCUAUGGAGAAGAGCUUGGUUUAACUUCGAGUGAUGACGAUUAUGUGGCGCCACCUUCAGGGAUUGAAGAAACAGUGGAAGAAAACAGUAAGUGUGAAAAUACGGACUCGUCUGAAGCUGUUCCAAUUGGAGAUAUUGAGGAAGUUGAUUCCCCAGAGGGUUUAGAAUUCACGCCUAUAGACAAAUCUCCCAAAAUGGGGCCAAUGGAGCUCCCAACCGACCAAAGUGACACAACAGAUGACAGCGAAGGGGAAGUUGUAUGCACCACAGACCACAGUCACUUCUGUAAAGAGAUGCUUUACGCUGUGUAUUACAUCCCGGUGGAGAAAUUGUUUGACCUCCUGUAUACUGACACGGCCUUCAUCCAAAGUGUUCACCUGUCUAAACGUAACAGUAAUUUGGCCGUGUCUCCAUGGCAGGAUGAUACCAGUAGAACAGGAAAUCGACAUCGUACACUAAGUUAUACAGUGGCUCUGAAUUAUUCCAUUGGUCCUAAAUCAUCACACACUUUUGAAAAACAGACAUUGUACAAGUUGUCGAAGCCAGGGUCUCUGUAUGUGGUGGACACAGAGUGUUCUAUGGCUGGAAUUCCAUAUGCAGAUGCAUUUGUGGUUGUCAACAGAUUCUGUAUAUCACGUGUCACACAUCACAAGUCUCGUCUACGAAUCACCACAGAGAUACGAUACAAGAAAUCUGUCUGGGGACUUGCCAAAAGUAUGAUAGAGAAGAAUGGUUACCAGGGAUCGGAGGACUUCUUCAAAACUCUGGACGCCCAUCUGAAGCGAGAAGUGGAAAGUCUACAGGAGUCCAAUAAAGGCUCACAGACACAGUCACUGAAACGUAAACUCCGUAAACGACGAACACGUACCAAUCCAACUAAUAUGGAAACGGCAGCUCUUAAACAGACCAAACCAACCAUGUCUCGACAUCUGUCUCUCAUGGAUAAUAAAACAAAACAGUCACGUCACACACCACAAGCUGUUCCUCCCUCUCCUAUACGAUAUAUAGGAGUUUGGCUUGUUUUACUAGUUAUAUUUAAUGCCAUACUUUUCUACAAACUCUGGUCGCUGGAGGGCUUUGCCACCAUGUUGUACUCGCCUCACUCACCAGCUCACAUUGAUGAAACAAUAAGUCCAAAGUCACAGGAGGAAUGGAUGAGUGUCCUGAAACAGCAGCAGUAUCUUUACGAACGAGAGAUCGACAAAUGGAAGGAAAUUCUCUCUUCCUCUAUCACUCUCAUUGACCAGAUGAAACUGACAUUAGUUGAACUCAGAAACAGUUUAGAAAACAGACUUUCUACAAAGGAUAUUUAUCAGAUGCAUGAAGCGUGAUAGGAACCCUCUCACAGGAUUAUCUUCAACAUGUAAGAGGGCGUAAUGUGCCAUGUGCAAUAAGCAUUCAC